GGGCUCCACUCGGCAGCAGUUUUGGUUGAGCUCUUGCAUUUAUCGGUUGUUCUUUUGCUGCGUGGAACGGAAGUUCUUUUCCUAUUCUCGUCCUCGUCCGGGGUGUGGAGCAGUGAAGAGUGUGGAUUAUUCCUGUUUCAAGGCGAAGAAAAGGUACUGUUUUGGUGUCCGUGUUCUGAGAAGGAUUUGCGCAAGGAUUCGGUUUCCGAGAUUUUGGUUAGACCCCGUCGUGGUCAUCAUUUUUUCUCCGUUCCCGAAGAAGCACUCACACACGCAGACACGCGUUAAAAUUCGCGGCUUCGGUUUCGUGGUGUGCGAGCGAAUGCAUUUUUGAUUUUGAUUUUGACACUUCUUUUUCGGUGAUCGCCCAGCGGUCGAAAAGAGAAAGCGGAUAUCGAGAGUGAAGAAGCGGGAAGGUUUCGGGUCGAAAUCGGACCAUCACACACUGCCCACACACAAACACACGCGCAAAGAGCAAGACUCUGCCAAACCGCCGAGAAGAUAUCGCACACGAGAACCAACUCGGACAGUUAGUUGGAGUUUCAGCUUUCGCGGCGAACGGUUCGCUUUUCUGUGCGGCGGAGUCCAAAUAAGUUUCGAACGGUGCAAGACGAGAAGGUUUUCUGGCGUUUGGUGCUGAGAACGCGUGAGGAAAAGUUGCUCCGAAAGCUAGUCGAGUAGUAAGGGUGGUUUCUUUUCCUGGUUUCGGUUGGAAAAACGUCGACGACGACGCGCAAAUACGCAAAGUAGCCUCGCUCCGUCUUGAGAAUAGAGUGUUUUUUUUUUUGUUGCAAAACGACGGUGAGCUAAAAAGGAAAAGUGCUUCGCUGGUGAUUGAAUUCGAUCUGUUGUUUGACGUUUCACGCGCGCAUUGUUUAUCCAAUUUUGAAGGAAAAACAAACGGUAUCGGAGAAGGGAGCUGUUGCUUCGAUUAGAAUUUUGUGCGGAUUACAGCUGCGUUUUGAAGAUCAUCCAAGAUGGCGUUCAUACUCACAGACAUACACGACUGGUACCGAGAUCUAAUGGACAAUAAAAGCGAUCCCCGAGUAGCAGACUGGCCAAUGAUGUCCUCACCACUGCCCACACUGGCCCUCUGCAUAUUCUAUGCCUACUUUAGCAAAUCGCUCGCACCGCGAAUCAUGGAGAAGCGGAAACCGAUGGACCUUAGGAACCUACUCGUGGGCUAUAACCUUUUUCAGACGAUCUUUAGCACGUGGAUAUUUUACGAGUAUUUACAGAGUGGAUGGUGGGGCCACUAUAGCUUUAGAUGUCAACCAGUAGACUAUUCGGAUAAUCCCCUUGCCUUACGGGUAAGUUCCGGAAAUCGCAAACAUCCUGUGUCAAAGCUGACCCCUAUUUCCGCUCUUCGUUUCUUACAGAUGGCGCGGACGUGCUGGUGGUACUACAUCUCCAAGUUCACCGAAUUCUUCGACACGUUGUUCUUCUUGCUGCGAAAGAAGAACCAGCACGUGUCGACCCUGCACGUUAUCCACCACGGAUGCAUGCCGUUCUCGGUGUGGAUGGGCAUGAAAUUCGCCCCCGGUGGUCACAGCACAUUCUUCGCCAUGCUGAACUCGUUUGUACAUAUUGUUAUGUAUUUCUACUACAUGGUAGCUGCCCUAGGACCAAAGUACCAGAAGUACAUCUGGUGGAAGAAGUACCUCACCGCUUUCCAGAUGCUGCAAUUUGUGGCUAUCUUCACGCACCAGUUCCAGCUACUGUUCACCGAGUGCGACUACCCGAAGGGUUUCAUGGUGUGGAUCGGACUGCACGGCGUCAUGUUCCUGUUCCUGUUCUCGGACUUCUACAAGCAGGCCUACAGCAAGCGGAAGGCGCGACGGGCUGCCGAGGCCCAGAACAAGAGCAAGUACGAUGCCCUGGUCAACGGAGCCAACAACGGUUCCCUGGCCAACGGACACCAUCUGUACCAGAACGACAAACUGUCCAACGGCGACCUGGCCAACAAUAACCAGGGAGCGUGCAUGCCCGUUCUCGAUGACGACGCACUGCACCAGCGCAAGGUGACGGCCAACGGGAUCUACGUGAACGGUAUGCCCAAGCCGGCGGCCAACUCGUACAGCAACGGCAACUCGAACGGAUUCGUCGAGGCGCUGCGGGACGAUUCCGACGAUGCGGUGACCAGUGCAACGGCGUUCGACCGGGUCCGGAAGAUCCAAUAACCCAGCGCCCGUACAAGUGGAGGUGACGGAGAAGGAGAAGGAGUAGGAGUAGGAGGCCGUCGGCGUCUUCAGUCGCGCCGGCGGCGACAACAACGGAAUCUGGGACGUUGCGCCUUCUAGAAGAAGAAGCGAUAAAUCCCUGCUACCACUAAAACCUCUAGAUACAACCUACUACUAGUAAACUGUACUCUGUUAGGGCGCGCGAACCAGGCACGCAACAUAAGGAAGUGAAGAUUAACACAGAUUUUUAAGUCAAACAAGUGUGUGGGGGAAAAACUCUAGGAUUAAGCUAGUAGAAAGUGUCUCUAAUAAUGUAUUAGCAAACGAAAGGAUAACGAGGUGCGAGAAGAAUGAGUGCUUGUGAGAGAGGGUGAUCGAAUUGCAGUAUGAUAGGACUCUUAUUAAGGAUCUUAGAAACUAGUGCAGAAGUUUUGUUUUUGUUGUCGCAAAAGAGGAAAGAGCGAGAGAGAGAAGAGAUUCGAACAAAAGCAACAUCGCUGCUGAAGGCCAUUUCUCCGAUUGGUCGUUAUUACGAAAUUGUUAAAGUUAGUCUUUUCGGGAAGGUGUUCUUCGGGAGUGAUGUAGCGAACACAGAAACGAAUAGAUCAACAGUGAUGUUCGUUUGCGCAAAGCAAAAAAACCAUUUUCCUUUGUUUUUUUUUCGGCUGGAUGGCUUUUACCUACACCUAGUACUAUAAUAAGGGGAGGCAGCAGAUUGUUUCUAAAACGAUCCCAGCCUUCGGUGUACUGCUAUUAAUAUGAAAUCAAAUCAGUAGACGUCGUGCGCGUGCGACGUUGUGAAUAUUUAGUGUGCGAACGGAAGAUGAGGAUAGGAAACGAAAGAGAGAGAGAUAAUACAAACUGAAACUGAAAAUCUGCUUAGAUAGAGCAAAACAUGUGGUAUUUUUUAUUCUUUAGAGAGAUUUAAAUAAAACGGUUUGUAGGAGAAAUCGAAGCGAAGGCAAUGGUACCGUACGGAAAUGCUGCGAAAUCAGCUACUAUUUUUGUAACCCUGUCUUUUGGGAUGUCUUUUCCUGUCACGAACGAAUUAUGCAUGGAGAGGAGUCAUUUAUAAUAGGUACUCUGGAACAAUCGUACGAAAAAAAAAACUGAAUAAUCACUGGAUAUUAUUGCUCUAGCAUUUGACACACAGUUACCCAGCCUUAUAUCCUGUCACAGAACCUUUGCAUUUAGUGAUUGCUUUUCUGUUGGUUCGUCUUAUUUGCAUUUUGUUUUUAUUUUCCUUCGUAGAUUGCACGAACAUAUCAUCCCAGAAAUAGCAUUGAUAGAGAAACAUAGGGGUCCUUAAAGUAUCCCAGAAGGAAAUCCAUUACGCUUCCUAGAGAAAUCUCCGGGGAAACCCUUCAAACUUCUUUACAAGCUCUCAGACAAAGCUUUUCUUGCUUCCUAGAGGAAGCAUUUCAAGCGUUCCAAAGAAGCCCUCCCAGAGAGAAACCUUUCGAACUUCACAGAGGAAGCUUUUCAAGCAUCCUAUAAGAAACUUCCUAUAGGAAAUAUUAAAAGCUUUCCAGAUGAAGCCGUAUCAAGCUACCAGGGGAAUCCUUUCAAGUUUCCCGGAGGAAGCUUUGAAAGCUUCCCGUAAGAAGCUUUUCCAUUUUCUCGGAGGAAGCCUUCGAAGCUUCCCGGAACUAUAAAGGCUUUAGCUUACCAGAAGAAGUUUUUCAAGCUUCACUAAAGAAACCUUUUACACUUUCAAAAGAAGCCUUUUAAGCUUUAAGGAAGUUUUCCAAGCUUCCCAAAGGAAGUAUUUUAAGCUUCUUCGAGGAAGCCUUCCAAGCUUCCAUGAAAUAACUUUAGGCUUCUCAGAGGAAACAUAAGCUUCCAUGAGCAAGUCUUUCAAGCAUCCCAGAGGAGCCUUGAAUCCAUUAGGAAGCUUUUAAAGCUUCCCGGAGAAAGCCUUUCAAGCUUCCAUGAGAAGCCAUCUACACCUGACAAAGGAAGUCUUUCAAGCUUCUUAAAAUAAGCCUUCCAAGAUUCCUUAAAUAAGUUUUCAUGCUUCUCAGAGGAAGCCUUUUAAGCUUCCAUGAGAAAUCCUUUUCAGCUUCCAUGAGGACGCCUUUCAAGCUUACCAAAGGAAAAGCUUGAAGCUUACCAAAGGAAAAGCUUGAAGCUUCCCGGAGGAAGGCUUGGCAAGAAAAUUGAAAGCCUUUUUUAGCUUCCCAGAAGAAACCUUCCAUGCUUCCAUGAAGUAACUUUUUAGGCUUCUCAGAGGAAGCUUUAUAAGCUUCCAUGACGAAGCCAUUCAAGCAUCCCAGAGGAAGCUUUUUGAGCUUCCCGGAAGAAGGCUUUCAAGCUUCAGCUUUUUUAACUUCCCAGAAGAAGCCUUCCAUGCUUCCAUGAGCAAACUUAUUAGGCUUCUCAGUGAAUUCUUAUGGGCUUCCAAUGAGGAAGCCGUUCAAAAGAAAGUUGAAAGCCUUUUUAGCUUCCCAGAGAAAGCCUUCCAAGCUUCCAUGAGAAAGCCUUUUCAGUUUCCGUGAGAAAGCCUUUCAAGCCUCCCAGAGGAAGCGCUUCAAGCCUCCAAGAGGAAGCUACCCGGAGGAAGCCUUUCAAGCUUCCAUGAGAAGCCAUCUACGCCUCCCAAAGGAAGUCUUUCAAGCUUCUUAAAAUAAGUCUUCCGAGCUUCCCUAAAGUAAAUUUUCAUGCUUCUCAGAGGAAGCCUUUUAAGCUUC